AUGGGAGCAGGUCCGAGUUGGGGAGAGAGAGAAGAAAGACAACGUGAAUGGGAAAGAGAAGAACGUCAACGACAGAUUAAAGAAGAAGAAGAAAGAAUUCGAGAAGAAGAAAAAGAAAGGUAUGAGAAGAUCAGAGAGCAGCAAAGAAAGCUGGAUGAAGAGAAUCAGAAAAUAAAUGAAGAAAGACAAAGAAGAGAACUAGAACGGUUGGAAGACAUUUGGAAGAAGGAGCAAGAAGCUGAAAAUGCGAUAAUUGCGGCCGAAAUCAGGGAAAGAGUCAGAAGGAAGGAGGAAGAAGAGGCAAGUCAUCUUUAUAUGCCACAUAUAAUUUAUAUAUAAAAUAAUGCAAAGGAGUUUAGGUAAUUUGUUGUUUACCUUUAGGUAAAAAUUUGUAGAGAUAGUGAAGCUUUUACCGUUUUUAACUUUAAAAGAUGAAAGUAUAUAUUUUAGGCCAAAAAAUCCUUUAACAUGACAUACGAUGCAUAUAUGGCAAAAAGAGCUCAAAAAAUGGCCGAAUUGGCUAAGCGUGAUGAAGAUAACAGAAUGAACAGAAUCUUGAAAGAAGCCGAAAUGAUGUCUGAAGCUGCUCGUGAACGAGAAGAAAAACAUGUUGAAGAACAAGAGAACCAGAAGAAGGCAAAUCAACACAACAAGCUGAGAAAGGAACAAAGAAGGCAGAAAUUGGACGAGAAGUAUGAGAAGAAGCAAGAGAAAGAAGUGGAUUUGAAACUGAAGGAUGAUAGAAGCGUUUUGAAGGCCAAGAAUGAAGCUACACACAAGGAACGUCACAAAACGAUCAGCACCAGCUCUGAGAAAGAUGAUAAAGGUAAUGGAGGUAAGGGAAAAGAUGGCAAAGGGAAAGGAAAAGAAAGAAAGGUCAAUGGAGGUAAAGGAAAAGAUGUAAAGAAUGGAAACGGAAGACAGAGAACUAAUGGAUGUAGUUAUCAAGAAAGAAUGCAACAUUUGGCCGAUUGGAAGCAGAGGAUGACCGAAAGAACGGCUAACAAAGAAGAUGAAGAGAACGUGUUGUACUAA